AUGGUGGCGACAGGUCCGCGUGGAUGUUCGAAGCAGGAGCCAAAGAUUUUCACAGAUGAUAAAAAGAAGGUUUUAUUUGCCACAUCUUGCAUGAAGGGAGGUAGUGCUGGUCUUUGGGCUGACAACUACACCGAAGAACAGUUUUCCUUACCUUCCGCUCAACGCUGGAGUUUCGUUGAUUUCGAGGCCACUCUGAAGGCUUCAUUCGAUGAUGCUAAUGCUAAGCGCGAGGCUCAACGUCAACUUGAGCUUUUAAAACAGGGUAGCUUAACCGCGGAAGAGUUCUUUGUUCAAUUCGAUCAACUCGCUCGAACAGCAGGAUGGUCUGCAGGGAGUGAUGAUCAUUUGAAUCUUCUCCUUGAGCGAGCUCUCAAUUCUCACCUCGUGGACCGUAUCUGGGAAAGUUCUGAUACUAUCAAGGCCGGAACCUUCACAGCCUGGAAGGCAAAGGCAAUUGAACAAGACCAACUCUAUUCAAACUCUACUCAAACUCCGCGCUCCACUUCCUCUCCCCAACAAUCUUCUUCUACGACCCCUACUACAGGAACUUUCAGUGGCCAAGGUCUUCCUAUGGACGUCGAUGCUUGUCGUCGUCAAGGAUUAUGUUUCAAAUGCGGCAGACAUGGUCACUUAGCUAAAGACUGUCUUCAAGGAAAACCAGCAGUGAUACGAGCGGUCCUUGAAGAACUGCCUGAAGAAGAUAAGGAGGAUAUGAAGAAGUGGUUGGGUGAAAAGGGUUUUUAA